UCCUAACAAAGGAAUUCCUUUCUUUUGGUGAGAUGUGGGUUCUUCUACAUCCACCAAAUUUAUGUGUACAUCCAACACCUGACAGUGCAGUUAUAUCAUCUAACCCUACUCAUCAUGAGGAACGUUCUCCUGAUCAGUCACACAGGAGAACUAACAGGAGAGCUCGUAGAAUUCAUAGAGUUCCUACUAUACUUUCCUGCUUGGAGUGUGGAAAAUGUUUUUCACAUAAAUCAGAGCUUGUUAGACAUGAGAGAAUGCAUACAGGUGAGAAGCCAUUUUCCUGCUCGGAGUGUGGAAAAUCUUAUUCGUUGAAAUCCAGUCUUGUUAUACAUCAGAAAAGUCACACAGGUGAGAGGCCAUUUCCAUGCUCUGAGUGUGAGAAAUGUUUUUUUAAGAAAUCACUUCUUAUUAGACAUCAGAGAACUCACACAGGGGAGAAACCAUUUCCAUGUUCUGAGUGUGAGAAAUGUUUUGUAAAUAAAUCACAACUUGUUGAUCAUCAGAGAAGUCACACAGGGGAGAAACCAUUUCCAUGCUCUGAGUGUGGGAUACGUUUUAAGCGAAAAUCAAGUCUUGUUCAUCAUCAGAAAUUUCACACAGGUGAGAGACCAUUUCCAUGUCCUGAGUGUGAUAAAUGUUUUAGAAAGAAAUCAAAUCUUGUUCAGCAUCUGAGAACUCACACAGGGGAGAAACCAUUUCCAUGUUAUGAGUGCGGGAAACGUUUUCCAAUAAAGUUGGAUCUAGUUAAACAUCAGAGAAUUCACACAGGUGAGAGGCCGUAUCCAUGCUCUGAGUGUGAGAAAUGUUUUAUGCAGAGCUCCCAGCUUGUUAGACAUCUGAGACAUCACACAGGGGAGAGACCUUAUGCAUGCUCGUGAGUGCGGGAAAUGUUUUACAGACAAAUCACAGCUUAAUAAACAUCAGAGAAGUCACACUGGUGAGAAGCUGGUUUCUCCUUGAAGAACCUGAAUUCUGCAAAAUCUUUAAAAGAAAGCCAAUUCUUGCUACUCCUGAGAAUUACACACAAUAGAAGAGCAAUCCACCCCUGUAUCCGCUUACUAUCAGAAUAUGGUGGAAAUGUUUUGCUCUGAAAUCUUUUACUUUUCUAAUAAUCUGUUUCACGAAAAUCAGGUUCUUAUAAAACACUGAUAAAAUAAAUAAACCUAGUGCCAUUAGCACUAGUGAGAGGUUAUAAUAGACCUUUGGAGUAUUAAUACAGAGUAUAAACUGAUUCAGGAGCCGGCAUAGUGGCUAUAUACUAAUCAUUUAUUGUGGUCAAUUGGAUCCUUUUAUUAUUAUGUAUCUUAUGUGUUUUAAUAAAUGUGUAUUUCUAU